AUGAAAUGGAAACUGCCAAACAGUGUAGGAGUUAACAACUCCAGAGUAAGCAUCAGCCGAAUAUCGGCUAUUACGCUUCCGGAUCAUCCGAACCGUGUAUCGGGCCGAUCGACGUUGACUAUUAUCAACGCACUGCAGAGCGAUUCCGGUUACUACAAGUGUAACGUAGCCGACCACAACUCUCACACGAACCAAUCAUCGGCGGACAUCGGCUUCAUGGAACUGUCUCAAGAACAAAAGCUCGAUUUCAUCAACAUCACCAGCCGGCGGGAUUUAAGAAUUGUCAUCAAGUGCAAGGCCGUCGUUCUGCCGGAGUUCUACUGGACCAGGAACGAUGACCCGAAACCGUUGGAAGUCGGCGAGCGAUACACGAUAGCGGUAACAAAUCAGAAAAUUACGCUCACGAUCAAGAGAUCGACCAUUUUCGAUACGGGAACGUACACGCUGCAUGCAAAGAACGAACACACCUAUAAAAGUUUUUCCAUAAAGGUGUACGUUAGAGAAAAACCUGUCGUGUCUAUUAGUCCAAUCUACGCACGACCGGGAGAAUGGAUCACAUUUGUAUGUACUGCCGUCGCCUAUCCUCAACCAACAAUUCGGUUCGCCUUUAUCCCAUGUACGGGGACUCCCUGGAAGAACUGUUCACAGUCGCUGAACAAGGAACAUGCUAAGAAUUAUGGCAAACGUCUGGACGACAGCGGUAGACAACAGGACAUCGUCACCACAGAGCAGUACGAAAUGCAAGCCGAAACCGCCGGUUACAUCGGAUGUUUGGCCGUGAAUGGCUACGGAGAAGACUUUGUGAAGGCCGAUCUACUGAUCAGUGAUUUGAGCAAGCCGGUUGUGGUGGAGAAGCUGUCCCCUGAUGAAGAUGUUACAAUCGGCGAUGAAGUGACCAUCGAAUGCGCCGCAGUGGUGUACAACCAUACGCACGCCAUCAAAUUUUUCCGCGAUGAUGUGCUGAUGAGUGGACUUGAUGGAAUCACUAUAGAAAAGGAUUACAGAGCGUUUGCCUAUCGGACGAAGUUGAUUAUCCAUAGUGUCGGUCGGAAACAUGAGGGCGUGAUUCGAUGCCAAGCGCCUAUGAUGCACGCGAACGAGACGGACGAAGAUGAGCUGAGGUUGGAUGUAUUCGAACCAAUAGAUCCAGUAAUUGUGGACGAAAAUGUGCACGAAGAACUGGAAAUGGAAAUUGGAGAUCGACAUACGUUCUCUUGCAAUGUGGGAGGAAUGCCGGAACCUGUGAUUGAGUGGACCAAGGAUGACGCGUUUGUAAUCUUUGACAACGAUACGAUAAUUUUUCUGCCUAAUGGAAGUAUCCAUAUGCCGUUCCUGAAGGUGAAGCACUCCGGUGACUACAAGUGCUACGCUAGGAACAAGGUUGGACAUGCGGAGAAGCUUUGGAGCUUGCGGGUGAAAACCUCUACUAUUCGAAUGAUCUGGAUCUAUUUGGUGAUUUCGUUAAUAGCCAUCUUGGUUAUUGCAGUUGUGCUCAUAUCCAUGAUCUACUAUAAGAAAAAGAAAGAAGUGAAGGAGAUGAAAAAGGCUGGCUUGGCGCACUUCGACGAAGGUGACCUGGAACAUAUGAAUCCUGAGAUUCCGUUGGAUGAGCAAGCGAAUUUACUUCCCUACAAAACUGAGUACGAGUUUCCGAAGGAGAAACUAAAAUUGGGUAAAAAGCUAGGUGCAGGUGCGUUUGGUGUGGUAUUGAAGGCCAUCGCUACCGGCAUCAUGGCAAAUUAAGAUGAAACUGUAGUGGCCGUCAAGAUGAUGAAGAAGCAGACCGACAAUGAAAUAAUGCGCGCGUUAAUUUCCGAACUAAAAAUCAUGGUACAUCUGGGGCAGCAUUUGAACGUAGUGAAUCUACUGGGAGCGGUUACGAAAAACAUCGCCAAAAGAGAACUCAUGGUGAUCGUGGAAUACUGCCGUUUUGGCAAUGUUCAAAACUUCCUGCUGAAGCACCGACCUUACUUCAUCGAUCAGGUCAACUCCGAAACAGGUGAAAUUGACUCGAGUAUUGACACAAAUAAGCUAAGGUGGUCAGCCGCAGGUUAUACGUACAACAGGAUUGCUCCACAGUACGCCAAUCAAGACAUUUACGACAUCAUGCUGAAUUGCUGGAAUGUGAAACCUGAUUCGCGACCCACGUUUAGUGAUCUGAAGAGCCAAUUCGACACUAUGCUACCGGAAGAAACGCGCAAUCACUAUGUCGAUCUUAACGAGCCAUACCUGGCUGUGAACGCCGAGAAAGGGCAGAGAGGAGAACCAGACUACCUUGGAAGUCUAACACCACCAGGAGAACAGGAACCCAAAGCGCCACUUAACUAUGACAAUGGAAUCAUCGUACCUUUACCGCCAAUUUCAGAUAAAUCGGACUACCUCCUGAUGACCAAGUCCAACUCACACGACCGCCAUACUGAUUUUACCUUGUUCAAUAACAGUCAACCGUCCCCCACGUUGAAGAAUCACCUAGGCUCGAACGCGCAGCAGGGUAGCAAACGCCACAAAAAGAAAGCCAUACCCGAAUACAUACCGAUGUUAAACAACGCCCGUUCAGAAGGCAACCACGGAUUCAAUUCGGAAACGGAGCCAACCAUUCCGGUGCCGAUGGUUCGCACAUCCAAACAAAUCCACCCGGAGCACGAAUACACCAAUCUGAAGCGGCUGAAUAAAUCCGACGGCACUAACGGUACCGAGCCGGUAAUGGUUGCAUUCAAUAACUCAGGCUACGUGACGAUCAACACGUGAUUAAAGUAGAUUUAACGGAUCAGUGGUCUUCUUCAGAAAAUUUAAAGAGGGUGUUUCGUAUAAAUAUUUCCUUAUUUACAUUUGGAAUUUAACAACUCUUUUACAAGCAUUGAAAUUAUAUGAAAAGUAUCGAAUCUAUCGUUGCAAAAUAUGAAACCAAGUUAUUUGCUGUUCCAUUAGGCUACAAACUUCGGUCGAGUUUAAAAGAAGCUGGAACAUUGUGCAGCCAUAACAAUAAACGGUAAUUAGGGGCCGUCCAGAAACCACAUGGUUAUACAGGAGGAAUGAGAUUGAAAAAUGACCACGAUAAGCCACAUGGCGGGGGAGGGGGAGUGUGGCUUACGAGCCACGUAAUAUUUUUUUUUACGCGAGAGAUAGAUGAAUUAAAAUUUAGCAGUGGUAAAAGUUCACAUCAAUAAA